CGGCCCAAAGAAAGACGUUGGUGGCGGCAGCGGCACUUUUCUUUGCAGGGUCUGGUCUGACGCCGGCGAAGGUACUGAUGAUGGGUCUCCCCCUCACCAAGCUGAAUUAACUUGAAAAAGGAGAGCUAACAAGGAAGAAGAAGUAUCUAUGGAAGGCAUGGUUGCAGAAGUUUAAAGAAAGACGCACCAAGGGAAGAAAGAAAUGGCGUCUCAUUACUGGGCACAGUGUUCCCAACUCGAUAGUAUGACACCUUAUUUUACCGGCUGAUCCUUGGGAGAAGAGGCUAAAGAUUCUCAAUUUGUACUAGCGUCUUUAGAAUGUUAAUGGGCGCAAGGAUAAUCAUAUAUUAGAAGUGCCACUAGGUGAAAUUGUGCUCCCUUUAGGUUGUCCAAUGGUUAAGAGCUUGAAUCUCUAUGUGGGAGAUCUCAAGUUUGAAUUAUGGGAUGAGUGAGGAGGGGUUGGGAAGUGAAGGGCUAUUUCUUGUAGUAUGGCCAUCAUCUGACGUACCAAAAAAAUCUAGGUGAAAUUGCUCCUUUCAAGGCCAGACUAACACCUUAGUCUAAUUAGGCAGAAAUGAGAAGGAAAUUAAAGAAAGGGCAGGUUAGAAAGUGGCCCCUGGUGCCAGACUGAAGCUAGUAGAGACUGAUGAGUACAGUGAAUCUGGCUGAGUUUAUCCUGAUGGCCUGUACAGGAUGCUAAAUCAAUUCCUUGGAAGAUACAAAAAUUUUAAUAUACCUUUUAUUAUUGGAGAGAAUGAGGUUUCUGAAGACCGAGCUGAUCUGUUGGGCAUAUAUGCUGGAGCAUUUACUCAACUAGGUUUGUGUUUAAAUUUCAAUAUUUUUGAAAUUUUGAUUGUUUGUAAUUAGUUUAUCAAUAUAUUUUUCACUAUCUAUUCAUCCCAAGUUAAUAAAAUCUGUGCUUAACCAAUUCAUGCUAAAUUGUAGAAUCUCCCUUUCAAUGGUCAGUCUCUAAAUACUACGAUCCUAAACAACUAUAAGAACUCCGAGUGUAUAUAUUUUUCAAGAUAAGAUAAGACUAGACAGAAAGUGGAUUCCACCUAAAGUUACUAAAACAAAAAUGAUAUGUUACAAUAUUACAUGGCAUUGUAAGCUUCUAGCAUGAUGUAUUGUUAUGUAAUUGGCUCUUUUCACUUAGAGGUUUGCUUAUGAUAUUGUAUACAUCCACUCAUUUAAGGACACAUCACACUCAUUUAAUGACAUGUCAUAAUUGUAAGCUUGCAUUGUAAUUAUAGCCUUGCUGUUACUUAUAAGAAAGACUCCGUAUCAUGUCUAGCACAAAGUUAAGUCCAUUCCAUGCUGUUGAAGCUGUGACAUCAAGCUUGCACAUAUUUUACUGAUAUUUUGAAGAAAUGAGGAUGGAGGGAACUAAACUUCAUGAAACUGAUUUAGUUCAGUUUAUUCUAUGUUUUUUUGUUGUAUUUUAAUUUUAGUAUGUCUUUAAGCGUAGUUGGUGAAAAGUAAGCACUUUGUCAAGAUAAGGAAGCAAAAGUUAAGGGAAGGCUGUUUUGUUCACAUGUCUGCUACUUUAUGCUUUUGUCUGUUGUACUAGACUUGUACAUAUUUUAACCUUCAAUAAAAGACUUUAGUUGUUCUGCUCUCCAUUUUCUUUGUUUUUCUUCAAAGUUAAACCAUUUACACAUGCAAUGUAUGGAACUGCCUUACGUGUUCACUCAAAAGGCUCAACUGGUUACUUCCAUCUUCAAGAUGGACCUGCCUUUCACAAAUAUUGA